GUGCUAUACCAUAGUCAUCUAGACGGAGCUUAUCACCCCCUCGAAUCGAGGACACUGAUCAGAAGAACGUCCAGCUGUCGAUAAGGGCACGUCGUGUAGCCCUUUGUUGGGGGGAGCUGCUAGAAAACAGAGAAAAGAAGUAGAUAGCGCACAAGGUUGUCGAGGCUUAGAGGGAUUGGUAAGUUACCUGCCACCGUUAGCAUAGACAUCAGCUUAACAUCUAUGCGUGCUCAACCGCAGCCUGCGAACGGCAGCUCGUACACGCGUCCGCUUCACUCGACGUUGCGAAACGGCCGCCGUGUCAGCAGCAUCGGGAAUCAUGUCGUCACCAAAAAGAAGGAAACCACGAGCACAGGAACUACCUCAAGCAUUGUGGGCGAUAAUCAUUCGAAGGCUGAGAAUACCAACAAUGAGGUCUGUGUUGAGUGUCGAAAACGGUAUGAGGCGACAACGGACGCAAUAGAGUUGUAUAGACAAAUAUUUGUGCGGGCUAAAGAUGCCUUCUUACAGGAUGUGGUACAUCAUCAUAGCGAUGAUGAGCUAUGGGUGCGCCUUUGUAGAGCCCUGGGGGAGAGUCCCAACAUUGAGGAAAUGCAUGACUAA